AUGUCUCGAGAGCGUCCCCCCCGCACCGACAUCCCCCGCAACCUGAGCUUCAUAGCCGCAUUAACAGAGCGUGCCUACUACCGCAGCCAGCGGCCCAGCCUCGAGGAGGAGCCGGAGGUGGAGCCAGGCGAGGGCGGGACGCGCCUUGGGGCCCGAUCCCGCGCUCCCGCUCCGAGUCGGGGUCGCCGGGCCCUUUCUGCACCUGCCGGAGGCGGCGGGGUCCGGGCGCCCCGCAGCCGCAGCCCGGACACCCGUAAGAGAGUGCGUUUCGCCGACGCGCUUGGGCUGGAGCUGGCCGCGGUGCGCCGCUUCCGCCCCGGAGAGCUGCCCCGGGUACCCCGCCACGUGCAAAUCCAGCUGCAGAGGGACGCCCUCCGCCACUUCGGGCCGUGCCAGCCUCGCGCCCGCGGCCUCCAGGAGGCGCGCGCCGCCCUGGAGCCGGCCAGCGAGCCCGGCUUUGCCGCCCGCUUGCAGGCGCAGCGCAUCUGCCUGGAACGCGCCGAGGCGGGCCCGCUGGGCGUGGCCGGGAGCGCGCGCGUGCUGGACCUGGCGUACGAGAAGCGCGUGAGCGUGCGCUGGAGCGCCGACGGCUGGCGGAGUCAACGCGAGGCACCCGCCUCCUACGCCGGCCCGGCACCGCCCCCGCCGCGUGCAGACCGCUUUGCAUUUCGCCUUCCCGCGCCACCCAUUGGGGGCGCCCUGCUUUUCGCCCUUCGCUACCGCGUGACGGGCCACGAGUUCUGGGACAACAACGGCGGCCGCGACUAUGCUCUACGAGGGCCCGAGCACCCCGGGAGUGGCGGAAACCCGGAGCCCCAGGGCUGGAUCCACUUUAUCUGAGGCGCCUGGGCCGACGGCGGGAAAACCAAAGGCACCCAGGGGCUGGGGGAGCCCGAAGAUUUGGCGGGGAGCUGUCCAAGAGAGUCGAGUGGGGGAGGGAGAGAAGGAGGGGAAAAAUCAAAAGGGUGUGGGGAGUGGGCGGAAUCAACGAAAGUCGGGGAGGUCGGGGUGGAAAAACAGAGUUGGAUGUGAGUGAUAGGAACUUAAGGCACAGAAGAAAGGAAAUCAGAAAGGGCGCUGGAAGGAUUAGGAAAAAGCAAAAGACUGGGGUUUGAUGGUGAUACCGUGAACUAGUCCUGGGAGAAAGUAAGUGGGUUUGUCAGACUUAUGCAGAUGGUUAGGGUACCUCUUUGAGACUGAGGAGGUACUUUGAAGUAGGAGUCCACCCUGCUUAAGUCAUUUGGAUUGCGAACUCAUUCCCUAUUUUUCACCGCCGUUGCCACCUCAGGUCCCUUAGUCCUGCCCAUCCUAGCUUUAUACUCAGCCAUAAUUGCCUUGCUUAAGUCCCAGGAACUUGGCCAUUGCUUCCCAGCCCCUGGUAUUAUGACAGGAUUCCCUUGUCAUUUCCGACGAUCCCGGGCUUCAUUUCCCCCUGACUGGCUGGGGAGUAAUGGCAGGCUGCAAUCAGAGCUUCUACCUCCUCCUCCAGGCAGCCCUGGGGAUUAAAAUGAAGGCUAAACCAACUCCAGGCCUGUCCUUGUAGCCAAAUAAUGACGUGCCUGAGGAGCUGGUACACUCAGGGGCUUCCAGAAAAAUGCCAGCCUUACCUUUCUGGAGUGCCUUUUAAUAACCUUUAAGCACUUUAUGCACUGUAUUUGUCAAGAAACAGUGAAUCACAAGAAUCACUAUCAUGAUUCUGCUUUGGGAGGAAAGAGUCACUGACAAGCUGUAUUACUUUGGGCAAAGUGGUUUCACAUCUCUGGGCCCCAGUCUCCUCCUUGGGAAAUUAGAUUUUAACUAGGUGAUCUCUCACAAUCUCUUCUUGCUUUGACAUUUUAUGAUCCAUGAGUGUAGAAAAGAAGCCACAUUCUUCAACCUACAUUUGGAGUGCUACAGUUCAGAACACACAGUACUCCCAACAUUUGGUUGGGGCUGAGGAUGGGUCUUCCAGUUUUUGACACAGAUGUUCCAGAGCUCAGAAAGCAUCCCACAACCAGCUGCAGCCUGAUGGUAUUCCAAACCCUUUUUCAAACUGCAGUUCAUCCUCUGCCCCUUACUUUUUGCUCUUGCCCCCACAGACUUCCAGUCUAUAGGUACUUUGAGACAGUUUUGGGCAGGUGCAUAUCUGUUGGGGGAAAUGAUUUUGGGAGCUCCAGAGAUGAAACAAUGCUGAGGAUCUCUUGAGAAUAAAGUUUUAUGAAUAUAAGGAAUGGAAAACAUUUCAAAUCAAGAAUCAAAGCCACUUGGUAAUUAAAUGGCACCAGAAGAUGGCAGUCUUCAUACCCUGAGCAAGUGAAAAGGGGAAGCUGGACUUUUCUAUCCAUUCACCAUCAUCCCUUAGGUCUCCCUUCCUGGUUAACCUCUGUUGGUAGUUUUUCCUUUCCUCUUACCCUAUUCCUAAGCUCUUUGCUUUUUUCUUUCCUUGUCCCUCUCUCAUCACUUUCAUUUUUCUUUUAAUAUAUAGGGUAUUUACCUUCGUUUUCUCUUUUCCAUUUGCCUCCAUCUUCAUCCUUGUUGAUCUCUGCUAUUCCUUCUCCCUCCAGAAGGGGUGGAGAACCUACUUCCUUUUCUCCAAGACCAUGGUUGAUCCACCUUCCUCCCUCAGGCUCCUUCUUGACAGUCUUCUAGAAGGGAGAAGAGGGAAAAGAAGCAGUUCCUGAUGCAGAUGAACAGCUGCUCCCAGGUAAAACAGCUCCCCACACCCUUUUCUAUCUAUUACUAGUUUCUCAAAAAUGUCUGAAUCCCCCUCUUAUUACUGAGUCAGAGAGUGCAUGCAUACAUGCCCAUACGUGCAUUCAGAACAGAGUAUGGGGCAUGUUAUCAGGCCCCUCCUUUCCAGAGAUCUUAGUCCUUUGAAGGAAGAUGGCCAAAAGGGAGGAACCCCUAGUCACUCCUCAAAGAAGUGCUGGUUUAAACAGCAUCCUUACGUGAAGAAGAAAACAAAGAAUUUCAUGCAACUUGUGGAUCACCUUCAGGUCAAAGUUCCAGCAAAGUGAAGAAAGAACCUCCUGGAAGCCACCAAGCAAUGCGCUUUUUAGUCAUCAAUGAAGAGCCCAAGGAAGGAUGAUGGAGAGGGAGCCUAGGUCGGGGCUCAGUGUAUACUAACCUCUUGCCUAAUGUGUAUGCACUAUUGUCAUGUUGUAUUAACAAUUGUAAUAGCUCA